CCCGACCGGCAGUGCGCACUGCUCACACAGCUGAGGGGGUUGUUAGUGCAGCGCUCGGCUCUACAUGACGGAUUAAUGGCGCUGCUCUCUCACACACACACACACACACACACAGCAGCACUUUGUACAGGAAUACAGCACAAUUUAUACCGCCUUGUGUUUGUAGGCCUCGGAUUAAAGCCGCCAGAGUUCUGUGAUGGCGGGGUGAUGCUAACGGCUCAUGCUAACGGCUCAUGCUAACUGCUCAUGCUAACUGCUAAUGCUAGCUAGCGUUAGCUGUACAUACAGCCUGUUUAUGAGCACGACUUCUGUUCUACACAGAUAAUAACGACUUUAACGUUUUAUUACUAAUUAUUUAUCACCGUGUUUUAUUCACAGCUGUAUUUACUUACUCUUAUACACGUCUGCAGCUACACCGCUAACUAGCGCGUUAGCAUUCAAGCUAAAGGCUAACAAACCUGAAGUUUGUCACCGUUUCAGCUUUAACUUAGCAGUCCAGGUGUUUUAUUAGUUUAUUAAUUAUGUUUACGGUUUUGUAGGAACGGGCAAUUAUUUAUAUGUCUGUUUAGUUGUGUUAGGUAUCUGCCUGAGAGAGCGCGAGACUCCCUGUAAACAUAACUAGCAUCAUGCUAAUAGUUUAUAAGUCUGCAGGAAAGAUGGAUGAAGCUCAUCAUCAGUAGUGUAGUGUGGGGUUAAAUAUGUACAUCUGGUGAAGGAGUGUGUUACUGUGUGUGUUACUGUGUGUGUUACUGUGUGUGUUACUGUGUGUGUUACUGUGUGUGUUACUGUGUGUGUUACUGUGUGUGUUACUGACUGGUUUGUGUAGGAAUGCAGUUAGAGGAUGAGGAUAAUAAAAAUAAUGCAGUUAGAGGAAGAGGAUGAUGAUGAUGAAAAUAAUAAUGAGUUAGAGGAUGAUGAUGAAGAUAAUAAUAAUGCAGUUAGAGGAGGAUGAGGAAAAUGCAGUUAGACAUGACACCACAUGAUGAUUAUGAGGAUAAUAAUAAUGCAAUUAGAGGAUGAUGAUGAAGAUACUAAUAAUGAUGCAGUUAGCGGAUGAUGAAGAUAAUAAUAAUAAUGCAGUUAGAGGAUGAUGAUGAAGAUAAUAAUAAUGCAGUUAGAGGAUGAUGAUGAUGAUGAAGAUAAUAAUAAUGCAGUCAGACAUGACACCACAUGAUGAUGAUGAUAAUAAUCGCUGCUGUUUUGAAGUUGUUGAAGGUGGUAAGUUUUAGGACAGGGAUGAUAGAUAGGAUCUUAUAGAAGACAGACGUACAGAAAAGUGUAUAAAGUGAAUAGUGACGUCAUACGUGUGUGUUGUCACAAAUCAUUCAAGUCAGACAUUCUGUAGAAAAGUGAGUCCCAUCACUCUGGUACUCUCACAGCAUCAGCUUCAGGGAGAAGUCCUUAACCCUGAUGAGCUGGAGACGUGUCCUGUGUGUCUGUCUGUGACCUGUAGUGCUCAGAUGGAGGAGAGACUCGAGGACUGUGUGGUCCAUCAUGCACACUAACGUGCCAGUGCAGAACACUGUAGUGUGGUGUCAGUAUCAGGUUGUUACUCCUCUACCACCAGAGGACAGUGUGACCCCCAUUUCAGCUCUUUAUGUCCUACAGCCUGACACUUACAGUAUACGUACAUGUGCAUUGGUCCUAAUGAACAGCUGUAUAGGUGGCAGUAUGUGUGUGAGUAACAUCUCGGUAAAGGAAGAGCCAAAGUGUGUUUAAGGAAAGCCGAACGAAGUGAUGGACGAGCACUCAGUACAUCAGACGGAGCACAUGACCACCAUCGAGGCCCAUGCUGUAUCUCAACAGGUUCACGUGUCUACAUACACGGAGCACAGCAUGCUCAGCGCUGACGAGGACUCGCCUUCUUCCCCCGACGACGACACGUACGAUGACUCGGACAUCCUCAACUCAGCAGGAACAGAUGAGGUUACAGCACACUUAGCAGCUGCAGGUCCAGUCGGCAUGGCCGCGGCCGCUGCGGUAGCGACAGGGAAAAAACGCAAGCGACCGCACAUCUUCGAGUCGAACCCGUCGAUACGCAAAAGACAGCAGACUCGCCUGCUCAGGAAGUUGAGAGCAACACUGGACGAAUACACAACACGAGUGGGUCAGCAGGCCAUCGUUCUCUGUAUUUCUCCAUCUAAGCCCAAUGCUGUGUUUAAGGUGUUCGGUGCUGCGCCUCUGGAGAACGUGGUCAGAAAGUACAAAAGUAUGAUUCUGGAGGAUCUGGAGAACGCCCUGGCUGAACACGCACCACCCGGCGGCGGAGACCUGAGCUCUGAGCUGCCGCCACUCACCAUCGACGGCAUCCCCGUGUCUGUGGAUAAAAUGACGCAGGCUCAGCUCCGAGCUUUUAUCCCUGAGAUGCUGAAAUACUCUACAGGCCGAGGGAAACCCGGCUGGGGGAAAGAGAGCUGUAAACCUGUUUGGUGGCCAGACGACAUUCCCUGGGCCAAUGUGAGAAGUGAUGUGCGUACAGAGGACCAGAAACAGCGGGUGUCAUGGACACAGGCCCUGAGGACGAUUGUUAAGAACUGCUACAAGCAGCAUGGGAGAGAGGACUUACUCUAUGCAUUUGAAGAUCAGCAGGUCACACCUCAGCAUGUCGCAGCGGCGGCUGCGGCAGCGGCGGCGGCAGCGGCCACACACAGCAUAGCACACCUGGUGCCUUCACAAACAGUGGUUCAGACGAUCAGUAACCCUGAUGGAACCGUCUCGCUCAUACAGGUGGGCACCGGAGCGACCGUAGCCACACUUACUGAUGCAUCAGAUUUACCUGGUACUGUCACCGUAGCCCAGGUCAACUACUCCACAGUGACCGACGGGGAGGUGGAGCAGAACUGGGCGACGUUGCAGGGAGGUGAGAUGACCAUCCAGACCACGCAAGCGUCCGAGGCUACGCAAGCCGUGGCGUCUUUAGCAGAGGCCGCCGUCGCCGCUUCCCAAGACAUGCAGCCGGGAGCGACUGUUACCAUGGCACUCAACAGCGAGGCAGCGGCCCACGCUGUAGCGACGCUGGCAGAGGCUACGCUCCAAGGAGGUGGACAGAUCGUGUUGGCUGGAGAGACAGCAGCUGCAGUCGGAGCUCUCACUGGAGUGCCAGAUGCCAAUGGUUUAGUCCAGAUUCCCGUGAGCAUGUAUCAGACCGUAGUUACCAGUUUGGCUCAGGGAAAUCGACCCGUUCAAGUUGCCAUGGCUCCCGUUUCCACACGCAUCGACAACACCGUAACGUUGGAUGGCCAAGCUGUGGAGGUUGUAACCUUAGAACAGUGACUCAAGUAUGUGGGCUAAAAACCUGAGCCUUGGCAGAAGUUAUUUUUAACAGGGAAUUAUCACGGAGUCAUGUCUUUUUUUUUUUUAGUAGUGUGAUGGUUGUGUUUCAAAUAAUGUUUGGAUUUUUCUUUUUUUUUGUUUGUGUGUGUUUCUAGUCAUAGGAUAUAAAUAGACCAAAUAAAAUGGACCAAAUUCAGUGCGGCGGCGGCGGCGGCGACGGCCUCCUGAAUCAAAUACUCCUCCGUUUGUUUCUAGCCAAAAUGACCAUUUGUUUUUGCUUUGUUUUAAUAGCUGAACUUUUUUUCAUCUACAUGUUGAUUUCUGAACAGUGUGUCUGUGCCAUUUUACUUCCACUUUUGUUGUCAUAAAAGUAAAAAAGUAAAAAACUAAACGCU